AUGGCAACUACUGAGAAUAAUCAACCAAUACCAGCUGAAGAGGAAAAAGAAAUUUCUUCACUUUUAGAAAGCAUAAAAAUAGAUGAUGAAAAAAUGACUGAUUUAACAGAAGAACAAAAGGAGACAUUAAAAAAAUUGAAACUAUAUCAAAAAGAAUAUUAUGAUUAUGAAUCUAAAUUUGAAUAUGAAUUAUUUUUAUUAAGGCAAAAAUAUCAUGACUUAUAUGAUCCAAUUUAUGACAAAAGAAGAGAAGCUUUAGUAGGAAAUGGGGAAGCAAAAAUAGGAACCCCCAAUUUACCUGAAUUUUGGUUAAGAGCUUUAAGAAAUAAUAAUACAGUAAAUCAUGUAAUUGAAGAUCAUGAUGAAGAGAUUUUAGUUUAUUUAAAUGAUAUAAGAUGUGAUUAUAUAAAAAAGAAUAAAGAAAAAAAAGAAGGAUUUAUUUUAUCAUUUCAUUUUGCUCCAAACCCAUUUUUUAGUAAUACUGUUUUAACAAAAACAUAUCAUAUGAAAUGUGUUGAUUGUGAUAAUGAGCCAGUUUUGUUACAUACCGAAGCAACUGUUAUUGAUUGGUAUGAUAAUAAAAAUAUUUUAAAAAAAAAUGUAGUAAAAAAGCAACAUAAUAAAAAUUCAAGAGAAGUGAAAACAGUUCAGCAAACAGUUAAUAGAGAUAGCUUUUUUCAUUUUUUUACAAGUCAUAAAGUUCCUAACUCUAAUGUAAUAAAACAACUAAGUAAACAUGAAGUAGCUCAACUAGAAAUGAUUAUAGAAGGAGAUUAUGAAGUUGCCUUAACUAUUAAGGAAAGAAUUAUUCCAUAUGCUGUUGAUUAUUAUUUAGGGAUUAUUAUUGAAAGUGAAAGUAAUAGUAUCGUUAGUGAUGUUGAUAGUAGUUAUAGCAGUAGUGAAAAUAAUAGCAAUUAUAAUAGUUAUGAAAGUAAUAAUAGUGCAUAUAAUGAUGAAAAUAGUAAUGUUGAUACUAAUGAAUAUGAUGAUAACGAAGAGGAUGAUGAAGAGGGAGCAAAAAGCAAUGAAGAGCCACUUACAUCAUAA